AUGACAUCUGUCAACACAAAUGUCUUGCCUGAUCAUUCUCUUCUAGAUUUUAAAUCACAGCUUGAAUAUAUAGAUGAGCCUCCGUACAGCAUUAACAAUUCACAUAUUCUCCAAUAUUUACAAUGCAAGGAUUCGAAUAACAAUAUUGGAAACAUUGAAAAUAAUCAACAACAACAACAACAAAAACAGCGACAUUCCCUCCUCUCCUCAUCAUCACUCAUCGAUCAUGAAAACAUUCACAUUUUAGACUUUUUAAAUUUUGCAACACUUUCGAUUGAUUUAAACAAACGAGCACAAAUUUCACAACAAAUUUUGGAAGAUUUGGAAAAUAUCGAAUCAACAUUAUCAUCAACAACACUUCCAACUACAAAUUCCAUAGCCACUCCUCCUCCAAAUUCCAAUUCCUCCUCUACAUCAUCAUCUUCCUCUCCUCUACAUUCGUAUAUUUUUGCCUAUGCAACAUUAUUGCAAUGCUCUACGAAAGUAUCUAUCAAUCACAAUGAACAAGUUGUUUACUUGUUGAAUAGAGCAGAAUAUAAAUUGAGAAAUGCCAUUACUUCAUGUGAAAUGAAUAGAGAGUUGGCUUUGGAUUUUGUUUUGCAAGCCGAGUUGCAUUUUCUAUUGGCAAGAGUUUUAUUCGAAUUGUCAUUUCCUAGAUCUGAUGAAUUGGAAAAGGAAUCUGCAGUGAUGGCUGCCAUGUCUCAGCCAAUUGGUAUGAAAACUGCAACAUCAAGCACUACUAGUUCACAGUCAAUUAGUACUUCAUCUCCAAUUCAGAUUGGUUCAAAUAAUUCUCCAAAGGAAACCUUCUCUGCUCCUGGAGUAAUUGGUAGUUAUUAUGGAACUAGUGUGGGAAUGAGUCAUUCAUUAUCUUCUGAUAAUUUCAUGGCUCUUUCUUUGGAUUCUCCAUUGAGAAAUUCGAGUUAUGGAUCACCUAAUAGUAAUAGUCAUCCAAAUUUAAAGCAAGGAAGUGGCUCACCAUCAUUUAGUCCUCGAGGAAAUACUUCACAGAAAGCAGCUCAACAAGCACAACAGCAAGUUGAUAGCAUUUUCCAGGAUAUUUGUCUUCAUAUGGAUUCUGCCAUUAAAUUCUUUGAAAAAUCAACAGUGAAGAGGAAGAAGAAAGUGGAUCAGGAAUCAGAAGAGAAUACUCCAGUGGAUAUUGUUCAGGAAUCAAAGAGAGCCUACAUGAAUAUGUAUUUUGGGGAUGUUCUCACACAGUGGAGUGUUAGAAGAAAACAGAGAUGGGCUGCCUUGUGUUCCAGAGCACAGGAAAAGUACAAUAUCAGUAUCAAAAUUUGCAUUGACAAGAUACUGCCAAGUUUAAAUCGAGAAAAGACCAUUUGUAUUAAUACUAGAGGAGUGGAACAGUUCACUGAUAAUCAAUGCAUUUAUUCUGCUCUCCAUCAUCAAUGCUUGUACAAAUAUUCUGUAUUAUUACUUUAUUGGGUUAGAAGAAAACGAGAACACACUACCAUUUACUCUGGUGAUGCUAAUUCAGGAGAUGUUAAUUUGGCAAGUUUCGACUAUGAUUCAACAAUGGUUGCUGUGGAUUCUAUUGGAGAAAUUGAAGCCACGUAUUCAGAGAUUCGACCAAAUGCCUUAACUGAUGCUUCAUCACCAUCAGGAUCAACUCCUGAAACUUCUCAAAAAGGAAAUGUUCCUCGACAUGCUCAAUCCAUUUUCAAAAAUUCAGUAGCCACCGAUGCAGAAAAACUGUGUAAGGCAUGUGUGAAAUUGUGGGAAUGUGUUUGUGAGUUGGAGGAACGCAAAUCAAAAGCUUUCCAGGCCAUUCCAGAGCAUACCAUUAAUCCUCAUUAUUAUUUCAGACUUUCCAAUUCUAUUUAUGAAUAUGCCUUACUCUUGAUACCAACUGCAUCCAUUCUCUCUUUCAAUGAUUACUUGGAGACCUAUGACAAUUUGGAAGGAGAACGUUCAAGAACUACCUCUCGUUCUGAAGUUCUAUCUAGUAGUUUAUCGUGGCAUGAUAUGUUUUUUAAAGAUAGAAUGCUCAAUGAUAAGAAGGAUCUUCUCAGAGAAAAUAAUAGAAAAGUUAUUUCGGAUCAAUCCUCCAAAACUGUCAUUCUCGAUGAGAAUAAUAAGGAUGAUUUGAGAUUGAGAUAUAGUUUAAUUUACUCUGAUCAAAUUGGUGAGAUUAACAUUAGAACUAUCUUAACAAGAGAAGCUCUGAUGGAAAAAGCCAUCGAAGCAAUUGACAAGUGUAUUUCACUGACAACGAAAACCAAUACUGAUCUUUUAAUGUUUCACAGUCAACUCUACUUUGAAAUGGGAGCACUGAAAACAACCAGCAUAACCUCUUCGAGCGAAUCACACAUGGUUAACACAAUCAAACAACAUGAUAAGAAAAAGACCCAAAAAUCAGAAGUGGAAAAUCUAUCUGAAAGUAUGAUUGACGAGAAUAGACAGAGAAUGCUGAAGGAAGUUGAUGAACUGUUCACAGUGUCUAUUGUUUCAUUGAACAAGGUUUUGGAAGCAAAACCAAGCCACAUGGUUGCAAUGGCAGUACUCGGAGAAGUUUACUUCUUCUGGUCUCGAUCAAAAUUUGGAAAGGAAUCGGACAAACACAUUCAAAAUGCUAUUGAAAUUUGGACUCGUCUAUUGAACUUCCCUCAACUCACUCUUCCUUACAAUAUUACAUUGGAUCACAUCUCCAAAAUGAUUUCAUUUGCUUUGGAAAUUAGAAAGGGAAUUAUCAUUUGUGAUGGAAUGGGCCUCAAACAAGGAAAAUUGAGAAAGAGUUGGACUGAAAGAUACUUCCUUCUUACCAUUGAAUAUUUUGGAUAUUUCCAAAUCAAAACAACCAAAUCUUUGAAAAAGAAAAAGAUGAAGAAUACCAUCCCAUCUGAUACCAUCGAUUAUGUAAAACAAAACACAGAUGACAAAUUCACAUCCAACAAGAAUUAUCCCUUCUGUUUGGAGGUUGUUUGUAAGAAGAGAACUUUCUAUGUUUGCUACAGUUCACAAGAAGAAUUGGAUAGGUGGGAUGCUGCCUUUGAAUAUGUCAUUCUCAUGAAUCAAAUCAUGUCUGGGGCCAAUUCAAACUUUAAAUAA